UAGAAGAGAGUUGGUGUCUGUUUCAAGAAGCUAUUUUUUUCUGCGUUAUCUCAACUCAAAUAAAACCUUUAUAUAUUUGUCAACCUAGAUUCAUUACAGAGUUGAUAAUAGGUCUUGUUUGAUGGCUAGUCACAAAAUUUGCUUUUAGAUGGAUAACGUUCGUUGGUUCAAACUUUUUGCAUUCGAGCUGCUUCUUCCCUCAGAACUAUGAUUUGUAUGCAUCCCGCAAUUACUAAGACACAUAUCGAAUCUUGUGCAAAUAGAAAAAUGCGCACAAUAACAUAAAUUAUUUCUUUUCCGUCUGUAAGAUUUUACUUUAAAAUGAGGUCUAUUUGGAUGGGAACGUUUGUAUUCCUCUGCCUAACAUUGUCAUCUUGCUUUGCGACUAACGAUGGGGCGUGCAUGUCCGUAAUGCGACAGUUGGUCGGGGGCCAAGCGACAAGAAGUAUGGGCCAGUUAGCACCAGUUGGGUGCAACAAUUGCGAGUCUAGGCCAGGUAAGCGAGGUCCUUUGGGACCUCCUGGAGACCGUGGGCCAAAAGGUUUAAAAGGAGACGCGGGUGCUUGCGUAUGUGACCUGAGUGAGGUAGAAAGGCUAAAACAGCAAUUAAGCAGACAAGAAGAAAUUUUACAAAGAGUUGGACGUCUUGUAAAAGGUGUUUGUUACGUUGGAAUCUCUUCAGGUCUUGUGCCGAUAUCUUCAAUUACAGCCUCAUCUACACAUCCUGAUUGUCCCCUUGUCAACAUACCGCUCAAUUCUCGCAUCUCAUGGUGUGCGUUGGCGAGUCGAUCUGGUGAAUGGGUGCAAGUUGAUCUUCAAAAACCUCGACCAAUCACCGGUGUUGUUACACAAGGAAGAACCAGGUACGGCCAGUAUGUCAAGUCAUUCAAAGUACAAUAUGGAAAUUCAGUUUUGGCUUUGCGGACAUACCAAGAAAAUGGAUCGGAAAAGAUUUUCAAAGCAAAUAACGACAUGAACACUCCUGUUGAAAAUCGCUUUGAGGAAGCAAUAGAAGCCAGAUAUAUCAGGAUUUAUCCAGUUAAUUACAUCUCUCACAUGAGCAUGAGGCUGGAACUACUGGAUUGCUAAAAACCGUCUGUGCUAACUGUGGGAAACGAAUAUUAAAUCCCCGUGGUUUAACAUUGUAACUGCAGUACAUCAGGGAUGUGGUCAGUGAAGUGGCUGGAAAUAGCUGAAUUCCAUCAAAAUUUCAAACAACACGAAUACACUUGAAACCUCCACGUUUGGAACAAUAACAAAAAAAAGUCAAAUGGAAUUUGUCAGAUUUUAAUUCCUAUUCCAAUCUCUCAAUGUUUAUUUAUUUUUUUUAGUUAUAUUAAUAUGAUAUCAAUUCGGAAGCUAUUAUACAUAACUUAGGAAUCUUAGAAUAUCUUGUUAAAAUCGCCAAUAGAAAAUUUUGGUGUGAAUUAUACGAAAACAUACAAUUCCCUAUUCUACUUCUCAUUUGCAGCUUCAUGAGUUUUACCUAUAUGUAACCCAUUCCAAAACAUAUAAUCUGUCUGAAGUCACCUAUAAGCGCGGUGCUUCAAAUCUAAUUAAGUAGUAAACAAUUAAAAAAAGAGCAGUUUUCUUUCAGUAUAGAAACCCGUUUUAUAUCCAUCCAUACAUUACCCAAUAUCCCCACCCUAUUUCUUAUAUUUCUCUCGUCUUUAUGUCACACCCUGAGUUGGUAUUUGAUUUUAUUCUGACUGUAUCGUAUGACUGUACUGUAUUUUUAUCAUAUUCAACUGUUUCAAUUAUAUCAUUUAAAAAUAAAAUGUAGUAAAAGCAUUUUAUAUGAAAUUAAGAAUACUCAUACUCAAAUGUAUAACUCAAUCUAUGAGAUUGCCAGUCUUGGCUAAAUAUAUAGAUGAAUCAAGUGUAUUGUACUAUCAAGUAUGCACAUAUAAGGAGUUUUAUGCAAGGAAAGUGUAUAUAUGGGAAGCAAGGUUAAAGUUACGCAAUGUGAAUACUCUUGCAAACUUAUCAUCCUCAUUGUUUGCUAUUGCAAAUAUUGAUCCAGUUUCAGAGUUCAACACGAGUAUGGUGAAUAACAUAACCGACAACCGUACUCUUUACAACAAAUUAUUUCGAGGUUUAAAAAUUUGCGUUUAAUAUUCCGUCAAACUUCAACAAGAUGUGUACCGAUUAGGGCCAUAAUUUUAUGACAAUUGUCCUCAUUUUAGUUCUAUUACGAGUUCGGGGAUU